AUGGAUUUGCUGGAGGAGUUCGCACGAUUUUUCAAUUACUACUUUGACCCCUUCACUCCUGUCCUGAAAUCACAUGUGGUUCUAGCUGCUGCUAGCUCGCAUGCAAUUGAUGGGCUGUUGUCCAGCAUUUGUGAAAGGGGAGACGGAGUAAUAGUCCCAGUCCACCUAGUGGAAGCCGAUAUGUCUGGAUUCUUUGGUAACUCUACUGCUCGAUUAAAAUCGAUACUGGCAGCAGCUAUAGAUCAAUCUCCAUGCCGAAUCAGAGCACUUAUUUUAACAAAUCCCCAUAAGACUCUCGGUCGAUGCUUCCCGCAAGAAGUGCUAGAAGGCUGCUUGGAGUUAUGUCAACAAAGAGCUAUCCAUCUCAUUUCUGAUGAGGAGUACGCCUUGACGGAAUUCUCCUGUGCAGAAGUAUCGGCGCCAGCUCCAUUUAUUUCAGUUUUAUCUCUAAACACUCGGGCUCUGAAGUGUGAUCGCUCACGGGUUCAUACGAUGUGGAGCAUUGGUAAGGAUUUUGGUGCAAGUGGAUUCCGACUGGGGUGCAUUGUGACACAAGACAACCAAAUGUUAGCCAGUCGGCUGGAGGCGAGCUUAUAUUCUCGAAUAUCAACUUCCUCUGCGGUGUUCACGAAGACUCUUCUGUCAUCCCCUACCUUGCCAUUCUUAAUUGCAUUGAAUUCCGCGCGUCUCGCAGAAGCAUACAUUUAUAUCACUGACUUCUUCACGCGACGGAACAUUAGAUAUGUCCCAGUCAGCACUGGGCUAAAUAUCUUCGCGAGGCUGGCGCCCGAAGCCUCAACGUGGGUCGAUGAAGAUGCGAUGAUCGAUAGGUUGCGAGAGGUGGGGGUGCUCGUCACUGGCGGUAGACAAUACCGCGGAGGUCCACAGGGGAAAGGAUGGGCCAGACUUUCCUUCUCAGUCGAGCCAAGGAAGCUUCAUGAGGCAUUGGAAAGGAUAGACCUCACCUUAGGAAAGGCAAUGUGCUCGCCCACCUAG